AUGGUACAAAUACUAGUACAGUCCGACCUAUGCUCGGUGGUCAAGGAAAUUUCAAUGGACACGAUAUGGGUCCAAUUAUCUGAAAAACUCUAUGAAUUGAGCGGUGUGCGCCCAGAAGAUAUGCGGCUCACCAUCUGGUGCAGUAAUGGCUUGAAACACGAAAUCAACAAUGAAACGGUGCGACGCGCCGACCAAUGCAUGAAAGACGUUUUGGAACAGCCCGCGGAGCGUAUAACAGUCGUGGACACGAAUCAGAACUCGAUUGCGCAACAAUUGACUGCAGGCUUGAAUGCGAUAGACGGCAGCAGCGACGGUGGAGCUUCUGUGGGAACUUACCAGCUACCAGAGGACGAGUACGUCAGAAGACAGGACUCAGUCUACGCCUGGAAAAAACAAAAUCAACUGGGCAGAUUUAGCUCGCAGUAUUCGGACAAAGUAAAGAAAGCGCGGGACGCUCAAGUCGCACAUGCCACCACGCUUUGUUUGGACGAGAGAUGCUCUGUGACGUACGCAAACGCCCCUGAGCGCAGAGGCUGGCUUAGGUACGUCGGAAAGGUACCCGAAAUCAACGAUAUCGAUUGCUGGUGCGGCGUCGAGCUCGACGAACCGUUGGGUCGAAACGACGGCACUUUCGACGGCCACACUUAUUUUGGACCCGUUCGCAAGAACUACGGCGCUUUUGUCAAACCUCUGAGCGUGAGGACGUGUUCAAGCUUCGUGCCGGCGGUAGACGAUGAACUGUGCGCUUCUGAUAGCGAGAUAUAG